GGCCUGCGGUAUGGUCAAGUCACUAGUAGACUUUCCCGGUUUCUCCAGAUCUAACAAGUCAAUACGCUCGGAGUGAGGAUCUCCGCUGCACAGUCUCGCUGCAUAUGGUUGUGGAUGUUUGUGUGUUAUACCAAGAACUCGGUCAAGCCGUGUGAAAACGUGAAUACACGUUCCUUCUAUUCGUGAUUUGCGAGUGAAUAUGCUGAAUAUAAGGGCAGAGGAAACCUGCGGCUGAAUAUCAGUAGAAGCUCACAGGUUUCAUUGGAGAAAGUGCUCGCUUUAUUCUAGUGGGAAAGAUAUAUUACGGAUUCUGCGCGCAGUUACUCAUUCUGAGGACAACAUGCCUCAGACGUCACCGCUGACAGGCAUGCUGGUUUCCAGUGGUUACAACAAGAACCAGAACCAGACCAAGGAAGAGGGACUGUAUUACCAUGACAACACCCUGGUAUCCGGCUCGCUCGAGGCCCUCAUCCACCACCUUGUCCCCAGCAUGGACUACUACCCUGACAGGACAUACAUCUUCACCUUCCUGCUCUCCUCUCGUCUGUUCAUCCGCCCCUACGAGCUCAUGUCCAAAGUCUGUCACCUGUGUAUGGAACAGCAGAGACUGAGCGACCCUCAGGCAGACAAGAUGAGGAUCAGGAAGAUGGCUCCCAAGAUACUUCAGCUGCUUCAGGAGUGGACGGAGACGUUCUCCUACGACUUCCGAGACGAGAGGAUGAUGAGGAGCCUGAAGGAGCUGACCCAACGCCUGUCCUCGGGAGACGAGCUGUACAGGAAGGUGGUUCACCAGAUGAUUCAGGUCCUAAUCAGGAAGCUGACUACUCUGAGCCAGUACGAGGAGGCCCUGGUGAAGAUCAAUGCUACGGCCACAGACAGACUGACCGUGCUCAAGGCCAAGCCUCAGGCCAUCCAGAGGGACAUGCUGUCCAUCUGCAACGACCCCUUCACCAUGGCCCAGCAACUCACUCACAUAGAACUGGAGAGACUGAGCAACAUUGAACCAGAGGAAUUUAUCCAGGCCUUUGAGAAGAAAGACCUUCUGGACAAUGAUAAGAGCUGUUUCAGCGACCAGAAGAAGGCUGGUAGCUUGGAGGCGUAUGUAGAGUGGUUCAACAGACUAAGUUUCCUGGUGGCCACAGAGAUCUGCAUGCCCGUAAAGAAGAAGCAGCGAGCGCGAGUCAUGGAGUUCUUCAUCGACGUGGCGCGGGAAUGUUUCAACAUCGGUAACUUCAACUCCCUCAUGGCCAUUAUCUCUGGGAUGAACAUGAGUCCUGUGUCUCGACUGAAGAAGACCUGGAGCAAAGUCAAGACUGCCAAGUUUGACAUCUUGGAGCACCAAAUGGAUCCUUCCGGUAACUUCUACAAUUACAGAACGGCAUUGAGAGGAGCGACACAGAGGUCUAGAACAGCCAACAGCACUAGAGAGAAGAUUGUUAUCCCGUUCUUCAGCCUACUGAUUAAAGACAUCUACUUCCUGAAUGAGGGAUGUUCCAACAGGAUGCAGAAUGGACACGUUAACUUUGAGAAAUUCUGGGAGAUGGCGAAGCGGGUCAGCGAGUUCAUGGUUUGGAAGAAGGUGGAGUGUCCGUUUGAGAAGGACCGCAAAAUCCUCCAGUACCUGCUCACCGCACCGGUUUUCAGCGAGGACACUCUGUAUCUAGCCUCUUAUGAGAGUGAAGGCCCUGAGAACCACAUGGAGAAGGACAGAUGGAAGUCUCUGAGAUCCACUCUGCUAAGUAGAGUCUAGAUGCUUCUGAACAGAACCCUGUCAAACCCAUCUGACAACCAAGCCUUACCCUGCGGUGAUGUCCGGAUAACAGCGUCCCUGUUUGGAAGGGAAACAACAAUCUGAACUGUACUAUUCAGCAGGGGACAGUACCUUUUUCCUGUUCCUCAGUCAUGGAUUUCUAGCUAAGAAUCCCUCCAGUUGAUUGGCUCUUCUUCGCGCUACAUUUCCAGGACAGCUUUUUUCAUCUCUUUGUAUGAAUUUUGUAGUCUUUUAUUAAAGACGUUACGCCCAUUAACGACGAGAAGAGGAAUACCCAGGGAGAUGCUUUGUUGUUGUUGUCCUUUUUCUCGUCUGCUGAAAACCUUUUUUUUUUUUUAAAACACACCAUGUAUGUAUUCACACCAAGUGAAAACCACAGUUGAUGCAAAUUGUCCCCGUGACAUUUUCAAGAUGUAUUUUCCUUUCUACAGAAGCUAGGAGUUGUCUGCUGGUUAGCCGACUCGGUUCGAACAGGUGCAACGAACGAGAUGCUUUUUCUCUCUUUUAAAUAAGCCACCAUUUUGUUUACUGGGAACCAGUAUACUGUGUAAUAGUGUUAAUCCUAACCUACAGCAACGUUGGUAGAGAUAUAUGAAGCUAACAUUAUUUGUAGUGUUUGUUUGUUUGUUUGUGUGUGUAAUAUUUGUUUUAAUACGCUUUUUUUUCUCUUCUUCUUCUAUGGUCAUUUGUUUGUCUACGGUUAUUGCAGAUGUGUUCCAUAUUAACCCAGUUUGGUCGACCCAAGCCUUGACAACUUUACCGCUAAAUAUGUUCAAAGUGCAUUGGAUAGAUAUUAUGAUGUCAUUUUUUUUUUGUGUGUUUGUGUUGAUAUAAAGCUUUGUGAUAUUCUACAACAGGAAGAAACCCCUUCUCUCCUCAUCCUUUCUCAAUGGGACACUUCAGCCACGGGCAGAGAGGUGUGUGGGGAUUUUGUGAAGAUGGAUAAUGGCACCCUAUUCCCUAUGUAGUGCACUACUUUUGAUAAUCAGUGUUAUAAGGCUCUGCCACUAGCCAGUAUGUCCCUAUGUCCCUGUUAAUCAGUGUUAUAACACUCUGCCACUAGCCAGUAUGUCCCUGUUAAUCAGUGUUAUAACACUCUGCCACUAGCCAGUAUGUCCCUGUUAAUCAGUGUUAUAACGCUCUGCCACUAGCCAGUAUGUCCCUGUUAAUCAGUGUUAUAACGCUCUGCCACUAGCCAGUAUGUCCCUAUGUCCAUGUUAAUCAGUGUUAUAACGCUCUGCCACUAGCCAGUAUGUCCCUGUUAAUCAGUGUUAUAACACUCUGCCACUAGCCAGUAUGUCCCUGUUAAUCAGUGUUAUAACGCUCUGCCACUAGCCAGUAUGUCCCUAUGUCCAUGUUAAUCAGUGUUAUAACACUCUGCCACUAGCCAGUAUGUCCCUGUGUCCCUGUUAAUCAGUGUUAUAACACUCUGCCACUAGCCAGUAUGUCCCUGUGUCCCUGUUAAUCAGUGUUAUAAGGCUCUGCCACUAGCCAGUAUGUCCCUAUGUCCCUGUUAAUCAGUGUUAUAACACUCUGCCACUAGCCAGUAUGUCCCUGUUAAUCAGUGUUAUAACACUCUGCCACUAGCCAGUAUGUCCCUGUUAAUCAGUGUUAUAACACUCUGACACUAGCCAGUAUGUCCCUAUGUCCCUGUUAAUCAGUGUUAUAACACUCUGCCACUAGCCAGUAUGUCCCUGUUAAUCAGUGUUAUAACACUCUGCCACUAGCCAGUAUGUCCCUGUUAAUCAGUGUUAUAACACUCUGCCACUAGCCAGUAUGUCCCUGUUAAUCAGUGUUAUAACACUCUGCCACUAGCCAGUAUGUCCCUGUUAAUCAGUUAUAACACUCUACCACUAGCCAGUAUGUCCCUAUGUCUCUGUUAAUCAGUGUUAUAACACUCUGCCACUAGCCAGUAUGUCCCUAUGUCCCUGUUAAUCAGUGUUAUAACACUCUGCCACUAGCCAGUAUGUCCCUGUUAAUCAGUGUUAUAACACUCUGCCACUAGCCAGUAUGUCCCUGUUAAUCAGUGUUAUAACACUCUGCCACUAGCCAGUAUGUCCCUGUGUCCCUGUUAAUCAGUGUUAUAACACUCUGCCAUUAGCCAGUAUGUCCAUGUUAAUCAGUGUUAUAACACUCUGCCACUAGCCAGUAUGUCCCUAUGUCUCUGUUAAUCAGUGUUAUAACACUCUGCCACUAGCCAGUAUGUCCAUAUGUCCCUGUUAAUCAGUGUUAUAACACUCUGCCACUAGCCAGUAUGUCCCUGUUAAUCAGUGUUAUAACACUCUGCCACCAGCCAGUAUGUCCCUGUUAAUCAGUGUUAUAACACUCUGCCACUAGCCAGUAUGUCCCUAUGUCCCUGUUAAUCAGUGUUAUAACACUCUGCCACUAGCCAGUAUGUCCCUGUUAAUCAGUGUUAUAACACUCUGCCACUAGCCAGUAUGUCCCUAUGUACCUGUUAAUCAGUGUUAUAACACUCUGCCACUAGCCAGUAUGUCCCUGUUAAUCAGUGUUAUAAGGCUCUGCCACUAGCCAGUAUGUCCCUAUGUCCCUGUUAAUCAGUGUUAUAACACUCUGCCACUAGCCAGUAUGUCCCUAUGUCCCUGUUAAUCAGUGUUAUAACACUCUGCCACUAGCCAGUAUGUCCCUAUGUCCCUGUUAAUCAGUGUUAUAACGCUCUGCCACUAGCCAGUAUGUCCCUAUGUCCAUGUUAAUCAGUGUUAUAACGCUCUGCCACUAGCCAGUAUGUCCCUGUUAAUCAGUGUUAUAACACUCUGCCACUAGCCAGUAUGUCCCUGUUAAUCAGUGUUAUAACACUCUGCCACUAGCCAGUAUGUCCCUGUUAAUCAGUGUUAUAACACUCUGCCACUAGCCAGUAUGUCCCUGUGUCCCUGUUAAUCAGUGUUAUAACACUCUGCCAUUAGCCAGUAUGUCCAUGUUAAUCAGUGUUAUAACACUCUGCCACUAGCCAGUAUGUCCCUAUGUCUCUGUUAAUCAGUGUUAUAACACUCUGCCACUAGCCAGUAUGUCCAUAUGUCCCUGUUAAUCAGUGUUAUAACACUCUGCCACUAGCCAGUAUGUCCCUGUUAAUCAGUGUUAUAACACUCUGCCACCAGCCAGUAUGUCCCUGUUAAUCAGUGUUAUAACACUCUGCCACUAGCCAGUAUGUCCCUAUGUCCCUGUUAAUCAGUGUUAUAACACUCUGCCACUAGCCAGUAUGUCCCUGUUAAUCAGUGUUAUAACACUCUGCCACUAGCCAGUAUGUCCCUAUGUACCUGUUAAUCAGUGUUAUAACACUCUGCCACUAGCCAGUAUGUCCCUAUGUCCCUGUUAAUCAGUGUUAUAACACUCUGCCACUAGCCAGUAUGUCCCUAUGUCCCUGUUAAUCAGUGUUAUAACGCUCUGCCACUAGCCAGUAUGUCCCUAUGUCCAUGUUAAUCAGUGUUAUAACGCUCUGCCACUAGCCAGUAUGUCCCUGUUAAUCAGUGUUAUAAGGCUCUGCCACAAGCCAGUAUGUCCCUAUGUCCCUGUUAAUCAGUGUUAUAACGCUCUGCCACUAGCCAGUAUGUCCCUGUUAAUCAGUGUUAUAACGCUCUGCCACUAGCCAGUAUGUCCCUGUUAAUCAGUGUUAUAACGCUCUGCCACUAGCCAGUAUGUCCCUGUUAAUCAGUGUUAUAACGCUCUGCCACUAGCCAGUAUGUCCCUGUUAAUCAGUGUUAUAACGCUCUGCCACUAGCCAGUAUGUCCCUGUUAAUCAGUGUUAUAACGCUCUGCCACUAGCCAGCCACUCUGCUGGAAUAAAUAUAGACUUGGAGGACUGGACUGUACGCUUCAAUCACUCCAGAUCAUCCAUCCUGUGUUAGAGUGCCUGUACCUACACACACACUGCACUCCCUCUCAUGAGUUUGAUAGUACAGAAAUACAAUGUGGUUGUAUCGCCCCCUGGUGGUUGAGUGAAUGAGUUGUCUGUAUAUGAUGUGUGAGAGCUGAGGAUUUGGAAGGUUUUUUCCUCUGUUUAAUGCUGGAUCAAACUUUCCUUUUCUCCUAUAUUUUUUUUCUUCUUCAUAUUGUAAUUUUCACCAAAUGUUGUUUUAUUUAUGAUCCUCUGUGUAGUUAUUAUUUCAUGUUAUGGAUAUUUACGAUUAUUUUAUUGUAUUUCUGCUUAUUUAAUUUUGUACUAGGUACAUAAUAUACUUCAGUAGUUAUCAGAUAUUAGCCUAACAAUUUUUUUUUAUACAGGUUUAUAUGAAAACACUUUCGUGGUACAAGCUAACACUAUGAAGUAAAAAAUGAUGGGCGCGUUCCCGGCCGACUACAUUGCAGGUGUUGCAUAGCCGAUGUCUAUCCAGGCAUUGUGAGAUCUAGCAGGCAUCUGUAAUUUAGUCAGUCUGGAACGUGGCCAUUGACUGAUGUCUAGCUUGCCUUGUCUUUGCAUUUCUCCGCUCUACAUGAUACUGUGGUUUACUGUGUAAAUGAUUCUGUUUUUCCUACCUGUGUUUAUCUGUUUUAAUUUGGACUGUUACGAUGGAAUAGAGGAUCUGUUUAUUACUGAGUUAGUUGUGUUUAAAAGAGAAAGUGACAAAGUUAAUAAAAGAUUGCCUAAAAAGGGA